UCCAACAAAGUCACCCCUACCCCCACCGGCGCCGCGCUUGCAGCCGCCGCCUCCCCCGUUCCUCCUCCUCGAGGUUUACUCUCCGGCCCCGCCGCCUCGGCGCAUCCACUCCCAACCUCCAUCGCUGACGCUGAGGCAUCCUCCAGGCGCGCCGCUCGAUUCAUCGCCUUCCUUAUCGCUGGCCUCGGCCUUCCUCUCUGCCGAGAAGGUGGGAGAAGCGACUCGCGCAGACGCUCGGCCCAGAAGGCGGCGCCACGUACGCAGAGGCGAGCGCGGCGACCGGCGAGAAGGUGCCGGCGGUCACGAGGCCGCCGCCGUACUGAGUUGGCUAUAGCGUGGGGGGUUUUGGUCGGGAGGUGGAGAAGCGGAGGUGAGGUUAUGGCUGCGCCGAGAAAGGGGACGGCGACGCCGCUGGGAGCCGUAUUCUCGCCGGAGGAGACCAAGAGGGCCGUGGCGAGGGUGUCCGAGUCCAUCGCGGACCGCCGCGCCGAGCUCGGGCGCCUCCAGGGCUUCGUGGCCGACAACGCCGCCCUCGUGUCCCUCGGCAACAGGCUUCCCGAUGAACUCUCACACGACAUCAUGGUUCCCUUUGGUGGCGCCGCAUUUUUUCCAGGUCGUUUAAUCCACACUAAUGAACUCUUGGAGGGGGGUGGAGUUGGAAGCUCAAGUGGAAGCGAUGAAGGCAACUAUCUCUGACCUAGAAGCUGAGGCAAAAUUCUUUGAGUCAACUGCCGUCGAGGCUUCUGAGGGUCUAGUGGAAAUCAGGGAAGAGUAUGAUGAAGACACAGAGAGUAAUUCAUCAAAAGAUGCUUCAGUUGCUAGCGGGGGCAGGUCAGAUAAAGAUAAGGAACAUGCUCGGAUAAUGGCAAGGUUAGAUGAACUAGAAAUGGAAGAAAGGGAAGCUGGAAGUACUUCUGAAGAAGAAGAUGAUGGGGGCGCUGGAACAAGUGUGGAUGGUGAGGAAAAUGAGGAAUCUGGAAAUGCUUUAAGUGAUGGCAAUGAGCACCAGAGUUCCAGUUUUGGCACUUCAUUUUCUAGAAACGGUGGUGAUGGUGACGAUGAUGAAGAUGAUGAGGGUGCUGGAACAAGUGAGGAUGAUGAGGAAAAUGAGGAAUCUGGAAAUGUUUUAAAUGAUAGGAGUCAUGGGAAUAUCCAGCUGAAGAGUGCACUAAAGAAGCCUGGAGGCAUUUCCCAAUCCCAUACACCAUCUGCCCACACAUCUCAUCCAAUAACAAAUUCUGAAGUCCGGGUUCGUAAAGCUGUUUCUUUUGAAGAUGACAAACAUGUAGUUGGUUCGUCAAAGUCUCCUUCCUUGCCACUGGAUCCAUCUUACCCUGCUCCAGGGUUGAAGGGUUCUUCAAACCCACCUCCAUCUCCUGAGCGAAAGAUAAUAUCAAGUGGGCGACAGGCCUUUACAGGAUCCAUUGUUGAACGUGAUGACAAUCUUUUACCCAUUCAACCUCCAGGCAGUAGUUCUUUGGCGAAACCUGGUACCUCUGCUUCUUCAAGGCCCAUGUCUAGAUUCAAGAUGCAGAUGCAGAUGCAGAAAGGAGAGCGGUGAUUCUCCACACCAGGAUGGAUCUUUGCGGCCGGUACCUGCAUGUGGGACAAUCACAAGUAGUGUCGAUACUGUUCGCACGAAUUUUAUCUGGGAAGGAAACAUGUCCUUGUGGAGUGAUCAACUUGUACGGACCGCGGAGCGCAUGUUCAGUGAAACUGUUUGUGUAUACAUGGCCUGUUCAGUACUUCAGUUAGGUUGUCGGUGAUGUCUCUCUUCUAGAACCCUUUGUAUCUACAGGUUGCAAAUCCUUCAGCCAAACAGAUGUCCAAAGAUGAAGCGCAGGA